AUGGCCUCGACCAAGUACACGCUUGCCAGUCGCGUCAAGCUGGCCGACGGCCAUACGAUGCCCCAGAUACAGCUCGGCCUCUUUGAGAUGUCGCGCGCCGAAGCCCGCGCCUCCGUCGCGGCCGGCCUCGCCGAGGGCUACCGCGGCUUUGACUGCGCGCAGAUGUACGACAACGAGCGCGAGGCGGGGCAGGCGCUGCAGGACGGGCUGGCGCGCCACGGCCUGACGCGCGCCGACGUCUUUUACACGUCCAAGCUCGCCGAGAACAGCACGUCCUACGACACCGUGCGCGCGUCCAUCCGCCAGUCGGUGGCGGCCUGCGGCCUCGGCUACAUCGACCUCUUCUUGCUGCACAGCCCCUUGGGGGGCCCCGCGGCGCGGUGGACCAGCUGGCGCGCCGUCGAGGACGCCAUCGCGGCGGGCGAGGUGCGCUCGGGCGGCGUAUCCAACUACGGCCCGCAGCAUGUCGAGGAGCUCCUGCAGCACAGCGGCCUGCGCGUCGCGCCCGUCGUCAACCAGAUCGAGUCGCACCCCUUCAACACGCGCACCGACAUCCGCGACGCGUGCGCGCGGCACGGCAUCGUCGUGGAGGCGUAUGCGCCGCUGACGCGCGGGAUGCGGAUCCAGCACCCCGCGGUGACGCGGCUCGCGCAGCAGCACGGAUGCACGCCGGCGCAGGUCCUGGUGCGCUGGUCGCUGCAGCACGGCAUGGUGCCGCUGCCCAAGAGCGUCCGGCGGUCGCGGAUGGCCGAGAAUGCCGACGUCAACGGGUUUGAGUUGUCGGCCGAGGACAUGGCGGCGCUGGAUGCGCUGGACGAGCACCUCGUGACCGACUGGGAUCCGACGGACGCAGAGUAG